UCUUCUCCUCCCUACAUCAAAAAAAUUAUCUCCUCCUCCCAUCAAAACUCUCCAAAGAUGACAACAGUAGCCGCAACAGGUAUCAACGUCGCGACUCCACGACUGGUCAUUCGACCAGCGGCUCGUCUAUACGCCCCGGUCCGUUUGAAUUACCCGUGGAAAUUCGGUUCGAUGAACCGGAUGGUUAUGUCGGUGAAGGCGACAUCGGAAGGAGGGAUGAUAUCGGAUAAGGUGGAGAAGAGUAUUCAGGAAGCGAAGGAGACUUGCGCUGACGAUCCUGUGAGCGGAGAGUGUGUGGCGGCGUGGGACGAGGUGGAGGAGCUGAGCGCCGCGGCGAGUCACGCUAGGGACAAGAAGAAAGCUGGUGGAUCCGAUCCUUUGGAAGAAUACUGCAGUGAUAAUCCUGAGACUGAUGAGUGUCGUACUUAUGACAACUGAUGUCUGAAAAUUUAGGUACCGGUUACGCGAAGAUGUUUAUUUUACUCGCAGCUAAAUUUUGUUUU